CAUUUCAUUUUACUCUUCUUCCGUCUUCUCUCACAAACCCCAACAAUUCAAUAUCCCCCCAAAAACCAAACCCAUAGCUAUGGCUCAGUCAACCUUGAUCUGGGCUGCGUUGGCUCUACUGCUCGUUUCGUCAGCGCUGGGCAGCUCCGACGUGCCCUUCAUCGUGGCCCACAAGAAGGCUUCCCUCACCAGACUCAAGUCCGGCGCCGAACGCGUCUCCGUCUCCAUCCAUAUCUACAACCAAGGAUCCUCGACUGCAUAUGAUGUGAGUCUUACUGAUGAUUCAUGGUCUCAAGACGUAUUUGAUAUUGUCAGCGGAAACACAUCAAACUCAUGGGAAAGGCUUGAUGGUGGUGGUCUUCUAACCCACUCAUUUGAAUUGGAGGGCAAAACAAAAGGAUUGUUCUAUGGUGCUCCAGCUGUCAUCACAUUCCGUAUCCCCACUAAGGCUGCCCUACAGGAGGCAUAUUCAACGCCAAUACUGCCUUUAGAUGUCCUUGCAGAUAGACCUCCUGAGAAGAAGUUUGAGGGGGCUAAGAGAUUGCUGGCACAAUAUGGCUCUCUAAUUUCUGUGAUCUCCUUUAUGGUCCUGUUUGUGUACCUGAUCGUGACCCCAUCGAAAUCCAAUGCUGGCAAAGGAAGCAAGAAGAAGCGCUAAACAGCAAGAGAUUAGAUUUUAAUGGAUAGUUGUUGAGGCAAGAGCAUGCCCAUCAGUUGCCAUUUUGUCUUUUGGUUUUGCCUCCCCACUUCUCUCUCUUUUCUUUUACUCCUUUUUGCCCCUCGUUUAGGACCUUUGUUGGGAAUUUUAAUUGAACUUUAGAAUGUGCAACAAAUAGCCAUGCAGAAGACAGCUUAAACAUUUUUUUUGAGGACUAACUUUAUGUAAGCUGUGUUGACUAUUAGAAUCUGGCAACUAUAGUCGGGUCUAGGAUUGCGUUCAAAGUUUUAAACAUUAUGUUGGUUAUUGUCAGAACUGAAUAUUUUGAUGUUAGUACAUUUUGGCAUCCCGUUUCAAAUUUUA